UUAUUUUUCAUUUCAGAUCAUCAAGAAUUUUGAGAUCAAUAACAUGAUGAUUAAGACAGUAUGCAUUUAUCUUCCAACAUAAAACAGUCAAGAUAUUGUAACUAUGGGCUGCUACCUAGCAAAGAACCUGCCUCGUGAUCAAAAUGGUAGGAUUUUCAGAGUGUACAAUGUAAACGAUCUUGGUGCGGAGAUAAGUCCAGGAAAAAUAGAGGUCACAGAAAAUGAUCUGAUAUUUUAUCAGAAAGGUAAAGAGCCAAUCAGAUGGCCUUUAAGAUGUUUAAGAAGAUAUGGGUUUGACGAGGAGCUGUUUUCAUUUGAGAGCGGGCGUCGUUGUCCUACUGGGUCGGGUAUAUAUGCUUUUAAAUGUCACAGAGCAGAAGAAUUAUUUAAUCUAGUCCAGGAGGCAAUACAGAAUGUUGGUCAGAACGCACAUCAAAAUUCUCAUCUCAGGGCUAGUCAGACAAUGGUUAAUGGUACAUCAGUCAUCAAUCCUCGUCCUGCUAGCCGUCCUACGUCACUAGUCGAUCCUCAUGAACCUGGCGGUAUUAGACUAUCAGGAGCAGGGCGUGUUAAUGUUGUUCCAUAUGAUCAACAUUUAUACAUGAAUCAAAAUGGCAGUGCAAUACAGCAAGAAGAUUCUUCGCCAAAUUACAUUAACACAGGCCCAAAUCAGAAUGGAUCAAGAAUUGAGCCAAUUGAUGAGGUUAGUGCUUUGAUAGACUUUUUACAUGAUCCACCGAUGGCUCCUGCUCCUCCUAAACCAGACACUGUUAAUUAUGCUGACCUUGACCUUCCAAGGUCAACAGAGAAUAUAUUUGAUGCGUGUGAUGGAGCAUGUGCUAUGGAGCCGUUAAGUAAUGGUAGUGUUGUAAAUGCAGAUAACAGAGACAGCUACACUGGUUCAGACAGUCAGAAUGGUAUAGAUAUGGAUGAUGUGCAAUUGAAUUAUGCGGACCUUGAUGUAUUUACAGAAACAGCAGAGGAGAGCGCCCAUCCGAACUAUAUUAACCUUGAUGCUGAAGGUAGAAUCAAGGAUAAAGUGCUUGCAAAUGGGAGACCGGAAUCUAUUUCUGUGAAUGGUGCUAUGCAAAAUGAGACAAUAAGGAAAAGUUUGUUGGUUCGUAAGCUCAGUAUUGAACAGAAUUACGCAAACGUGGGUGCUGCAAGUUUUACAAAUAUCCCUGACCCAAGCCCUGUAAGUAUGAAUCCAGCCGGUGGAUUUGGUUCAAAUAAUGGCAAUAAUUCCAGUCAGCGGUUGUCAAACCCUGGAGAACUGAACUAUAUUGAGAUUGAUGUGAACAAAACAGACGGGGAUGUUGUGACAGGAGCAACAUCUUCAGCUAUGUCUGUUUCAUUUACUGUACCUGACUCGCCAAGUAAGCGUACAGAAAGUUAUGCCAUGAUUGACUUUAAUCGUACUGUGGCUUUGUCUAAUUCAGCAAAGCCUGUCGGUGAAAAUGAGGAGGGGUUGAGGAAGACACGUCACAACAGUACGAUCAACUGAGGUUGUGUAACAGAUAUAGGCGUCUUUCUAGAAAUGAAGUAUUAUAUUUUACUGUAUAUUUGUUCACUUGUUUUUAGUUCUUGUAUAUACUCUUGCUUCUUAAUAAGGGGUAAUUUCUUUUUAUUAUUAAGGUGGUCAGUCAUGCAUGAAAUAUGAUACUGAAAAAUGGUAGAUUUAAGUGACCGAUAUUUCCUGUUUUAUUGUUUAAAGCUUGAGAUAAGUACCUCCCAUCUUUAUUGAUUUUACAUGUCCUGACUUCUAGGCCUAAAAUAAUAAAAUAUUCACUUCCCCUUCUGCUACCUCUCUACAAAAAUCACUGCUGCCUGGAAUAUUUUCUUGCCAAACAAAAGAAAUGUUUUCACUUAACAUGGGAUUGAAGUCUGUCAAUGAGAAUUAUAUCUUUUUAUAUUUGUUUGAUUCCCAUAUUUUGAUUAACUUUAUUUGUCAGUUAUAUCAUAUAUAUGUGCUAAAGCUGAAUACACUGAUGCAGUAAUAAUAUAAAUACCGUAUAAGUGUUUUUUUUCUGCGGGCUCCAAAUUCUGCGCUUUUUCCAAAUUUUGGCAUGUUGUUAUUUCUGCGGACCUUAUUUCUGCGGCACAGUCUUUAGACAAAAUGUGAUUUAAAUUCUGCGGCUUUUCUUAUAAAAGUCUAAGUCACAUUACUCUACCUAUUUUAUUUCCAUAUACACAUUUGUAUGAAAAUUUUGUUUAUGGUCGUCACCACUAAACUAUAUAGUAAAUACAAACAUUUAUAUUGUUUGCUUGCAAACAAAUAGAAUGUGCAACAAUAGACAGCAUGCAUCUUUUGAUUGGCGUGAAAUGACGUGUGAAAAAUAUACCCCGGUAGUAUCUUUAAUUUAAUAAAAUUGAUAGAAGUUUUAUCGUAAAUCAGACAACAAUAAAUGUAUACGAUGAUAAUUUGGCAGUAUAGGGGUUAAAAUAGUUUUAAUGAUUAACAAACCUUUUUAGCGUACAGGCAAACACUAUAAUGUUUAGAUAUCUUUAUUCAAAAACUGACAUUAGUCAUUAUUAACAACAAGCACAUAUUACAUACUUAGCCGAAAGCAAUUUAAUAUAACUCGAUGACCUGCUAACCGUUAUAAUAAAAAAUAGAGAUGAUAAAAUUUAUGCUGACUUACAUCAAGCUAAGAAGUAAAUUUAAUGAUGUAUGUUUAUUUGGCAUGACAAUGAUCUUGCACCUUGUGAUGUGUAAGCCUUCUUUUCUUAUUUUGUGUAUAUAUUGCAUUAUUAUGCACCUUGACCACCCUAUUUGAAUAUUUUUAAUAGGGGAAGUAAUGUUAAGUGUUUUUAAGAAUUUACAUAAAAUACUCGCAGCAAUAAGGCAAGACACGGGAGACCUACCUCCAUAUACUCUAAGCAAUAUAUAUACAUAUACUCAGUGAGCUAUGACUGUUGUAGCAAAUUAUCAGUGUCCAUUGUAUAAAAAAAAGAUACAUUAUGCCAAAAAUAAUAUCUUGUUUUUGUUUGUCUGCUUUCAAUUUUGUCAACUUUUAUUUUGUAACAUUAUAUAUAAGACAAAAAAAUUAGCAGCUUGCAAUAGAGUUAGAUGUGUAGGGUGGUCUCCCUUCAUAUUGUAUAGACUAGCUGAUAUCUCAAACUGUUCAUGUGCUUAAAUAAUGAAAAGUUCUGGUAAAUAAAUCAGCACAUUUUAUUUUGUUACAUUAUCAAAUAGAUUUAUUUAAAGCUGUUCAAUCAACAUAAAAAUUUUGUUGUGCUCAUAUUAUUGAAAAGUAAUACAUGUAUAUAAAUAAUGUGUAAUAAAUUUACUGAACGGAAUUAAAUUUUACAUUCAUUUAAAUGAUAUAUAUUUUCUUUGACUACAAUACAAAAAGCAUUUUGUUCAAGUAAUGUUUAUAUUAAAAUUUUCAGGGGAAAUGUGUUCUAGAUUGUUAUGGCAGAAUAUUUUACCUUUUUACAAUAUUUUGUUGGCAAAAAAUUUAAUGGCAUAUGCAGUCUGUAAAUUUACAUGCUAGCCCAUGGCUAGUUGAAUUUUAGUAAGGCUUGUAAACAUUACCAAGUCACUAGCUAGACUGUUUUGAGAAAAAAUAGCAGGCAAUCAACUUAUUUUCUAAUAAUGACAUACAAUAAUUUAAAAUGGAACAACUUACUUAUCAUUGAUCAAGGUAAUAAAAUUACAGAAUAACUGUGUUAAAGGGAAUCAACUUAGAUUUUUUGACAUGAUUGGAUUGUAAACAUUUUUACAAGAUUAAUGUUCUGCUUGAUGUAGGUUUCAAGCAAUAAUUAUUGUGUGCAAAAUUUCAAAUCAUUCACUUGCUUUGUUAAUCCAUGAUAAUAUUUUAAUUGUGAAAAAUGAUUCAAAAUUGAAAAAUGUUGCAACACUUGUCACUCAAAUUGGGCUAUGAAUUGCACAAAAAUAAGAUUUUCAAUUUAUUUCUGAAUAUUUUACUUAAUUAUCUUUCGCUUAUUUUUCUGUUUUUAGUGACCUAGUUGAUCUAUGUUAGAAUUCAAAUUUUUUGUUUAGGCUUUAAAUCUCAGUGGAGUUCCUUGAAUAAUAUAUUCUUGCCUUAACAUUCCAUUUCAAUAAACAGUUUUCGGAUCAUAUGAACUUUUUUGGGGUUAGUAGAUAUUGCCAUUCAACACUAUCGGGAAUAGCUUGUGGUUUUCUGGUCCUACCAGUUAAUUCUUGGACUGCUUUGUCUGUAUUUAAGGGAAAGUUUUGCAUGUUAUUUAACCAUCAUAUAUGGUUAUAGAAAAAUCAAGGUUAUUGAUAUUGAUAUGUGAGUAUUGAAAUAGAAUUUUUAAGGAAAUUACGACAAUUUGUUUCUUUACAUUUAUUAUUUGUGUAGUUGAAUAAUGACUGAUUAUCUAUGUUUUGUGUAUUUUAGUGGGAUAGCAAUAGUGUUGGAUAAUGUCCUAAUUGUAAUUUUAAAUUUUCAUUGUAAAUUUGAUUCUUGGAUUUUCAUAGGCUUAAAAGAAAAGGAGUGUCUAAGAGUUAAUUGUUAUUUUUGUGCUAUUUAGUUAUAAUUUAGUACAUUUUGGAUGAUGUAUUUUUAUCUGGUGUAAAUAUAUGAAUCAAGGUAAUGAUGGCAAGUGAAAAUGGCAUUUAAUUUUUGAUAUUACAAGAUCUCAUGUCCAUGGAAACAAAAAUAUCUUGGUGUUAAAAAAACAUAAAGGAAAAUGCUCACAAUUUUUGUGAAUUACUGCUGUGAAACAGUUAUAAUUAUAUGGUACUGAUAGAAUAUUAGAUAUGUAUUAAUUGUCUGCCUUUAAGUGUAUAGAUUAAUAACAAAUUUGUGUAUUAUUGUGAUUAAAUAUUAAUGAACAACUUCAUUGGAAACACAAAUAUUUAUCAUUUAUAAUAUUGUAGACCUGCAUUUUAUUGCUCAAGUGAAUUUUGGGAUAGAUUUUUACAUGACCAUCAAACAACAUUAAAAUAUACAUGUACCUGCAAUUUGCCUUUAUCUUAUUAGACUAAGAUCUAUCUCAAAUUUUUGGAAGAUUUUCAGACAAGAAAUAAAGUAUUUGUAGUACUGGAAUGUUGCUUGUAGAUUGAGCUAUAUGAAAGUGUACUCAUGCUUGACAAUUGUAGGAAAAUGCAGUGACUUUUCUACAAAAUUUCCGCAUUUUUAAGAAAAAAUCUUUCAUGGAUUCCAAUGAAAUGAUUGAUUUUUAUUGAAAAAUCAUGCAUUAUACACAACAAAUGAUAAACAAGCAAGUAUAUAUAACCUGCUUACAUUUACCUAUUUGUUAAUCAAUAGUUAUGAUUUAGCUGUUUUUGAUUUUUGGAAGAGCACCUAGUGGAGUAACUUCCCAAAUGUAAUUUACUGUAAGAUAAUGGCCCCUAUUAGAAUAAUUUGGAGGAAAAGUUCAACUUCCAUAAAUUUUUAAUAUAAUGUAAAUAUAGGUACAAAUAAAAUUGUAUUUUAUGCUAGAUUUAAUUUACUCACAUCUUUAAUUAUGUUUACUAAUUUUGUCUGUAUUCAUACUGUGCAAUAAAUGAUGUUUUACAGUGCUGGGCAGUUUUUUAAAUCGUGUACAAAUACUGUGUUCAUAUUUCUAUUUUACUUACAGACAAUAUACUUGAUUGACUAGUUGUGGUUAUAUUUCUGUAACUUUAAUAUUUUGUUGCAAGUUAUGUUUAGCUUAAUGAAUGUACAUUACUGGUUUAUGUCAAAAGUGAUGUUUGAAAAUUGUUACCUUUAUGGUCAUUCAUUUAUAGUGUGUAUCUUGGAAAAGUGUGAACUCUGAAAUAGUUUGAAAACUGGACUUUUGAAUGAGAAAAGCAUGCUUAAACAUGAAAUGUUGAGAAAAAAGCAUGGGAUAGUGAGUAUCCAACUGUAUAUCAGUGUGUAUGGUGAGUAUCUCAGUGUGAACAGUUAGUUUCUCAUUAUGGGCAGUAAGUACUUGUAUCUCAAUGUAGGCAAUGAGUAUCUCAGUGUGAAUAGUGAGUAUUUUGGUGUGUUUUCUGAGAUUUUGCAGUGUGUUUACUGAUUGUCUCAAUGUGAACAGUGAGUAUCUCAGUGUGAAUAGUGAGUAUCUCAGUGUGAACAGUGAGCAUCUCAGUGUGAACAGUGAGUAUCUCAGUGUGAACAGUGAGUAUCUCAGUAUGAACAGUGAGUAUCUCAGUGUGAACAGUGAGUAUCUCAGUGUGAACAGUGAGUAUCUCAGUGUGAAUAGUGAGUAUCUCAGUGUGAACAGUGAGUAUCUCAGUGUGAAUAGUGAGCAUCUCAGUGUGAACAGUGAGCAACUCAUUGUGAACAGUGAGCAUCUCAGUGUGAACAAUGAGUAUCUCAUUGUGAACUGUGAGUAUGUCAGUGUGAACGGUGAGUAUCUCAUUGUAAACAGUGAGUUUAUCAGUGUGAAAAGUAGAUAUCUCAGUGUGAACAGUGAGUAUUUCAGUGUGAAAAGUAAAUAUCUCAGUGUGAACAGUGAGUAUCUCAUUGUGAACAGUGAGUAUAUCAGUGUGAACAGUGAGUAUUUCAGUGUGAACAGUGAGUAUCUCAGUAUAAGCAGUGAUUAUCUAUGUGUGAACAGUGAGAAUCUGAUUGUGAACAGUGAGUAUAUCAGUAUAAGCAGUGAGUAUCUCUGUGUGAACAGUGAGAAUCUUAUUGUGAACAGUGAGUAUAUCAGUAUAUGCAGUGAGUAUUUCAGUGUGAACAGUGAGAAUCUCAUUGUGAACAGUGAGUAUCUCAGUGGGAAGUAUGUAGCUCAGUGGACUGACUGUAUCACACAAGCAUGUGACCUAAGGUUUAAAUGAAAUUAAUUUUUAUGUGAACAGUCAUUACAUAAAGGGUUUGAAUGAUGUGUUUAUUGUUCUAUAUUAAGAAAGAGAGAUAAAUAUAAUUAUAGUGUGAUUAUUUUUGUGUAAGUUUUCUUAUGUAUAUAAUCAUGAAUAAAGUCUACAAAUUUUAUUGAAAUAGUUUAUAACUUGUGGAAACAGAUGAAUUAUGUCAUGAAUAUUUACUAUAUUUGUUUUUGUUUCUUUAGCCAGUAGUGUUAUAUAAGUUGUGUAAAUUUUGUAUGUAUAAAGUGCAGCUCUUUAAAAACAGAAAAAUAUUCAUAUUUUAUGUACAUUGUUUUUAAUUUAUGUUCACCCAGUUCAUUGGCAUUCAUCUUGGAAACCUUUAAAGCUGGAAAGCUGUAAUUGAAUAGAUUUUCCAUUUGUUUUCUAAUGUAUUCUUUUAGCAACUUCUGGACUGUCAUGCAAUUUAUUAUGAAUGUAUUCAUUGUUUGUCAAUGUUGAAUUAUUGCCACCAGUAUGAUUAUUAAGUCAGUAUUAUAUAUCAUUACAUUAUAAUCGCAUACUGGAACUAAUGUAUAGAUACUGAUCAUAUUUCUGACACAUAUGAACCAGUAACUGUUCACUUGUUACAUUAUACUGCCUUGAAUAAGUUCGGUGUAUAGAGAGAAUUAUUUAAGUAUGAUAAGAAACUUCAAAUGUUGUAACAAUUUGACAUUUGUUUCAUGUGAAUGAUUGAAGCAUGUGAAUUAUUGAAGUGCUUGAAUAAAUUAUCCUUGGUGCCCUGUUAUCAUUACCACCCUUGAUAUAUUGCAAUAUUUGUUUGAUUCUUUAAGUCUCGUGAGAAUUUUUUUGUAUGCACUAACAGUAACAUUCCAGCAAUGUCCCUAAAGUUACAUGGUUAUAUACAACAAUGUUAGGUUAUAAACAACAAUGUUGAGACUGAAAUUGCCAAAAAUCGAAGUAACUGAUUUAAGACAGGAACCUUUUAUUAUGCCUUAAGUACCUUUAGACUUACAUAAGAAAUUCUAUAUGGGUGAUUGGAAAGGAAAAUAAUAAGUAAUGACCAUUAGUUUUAUUAACAAUUUUUUUUUUUCAACUUCAAAGGCUUAUGGUUAUGAUACAUGAUGCUUCAAAAAUAACCUCAACUAUAUUUCAAACUUUAUUUUAAAACCCGAUUCUCUUACUCACCCUUCCUACCAGCUUAUGGGAAGUCAGGGGUUCUACUUUGGUGCCUGGUUAUGCCCGAAAUGAGGCAUGAAUGGAGCAUCUAAGGGAUUCCUACAAUAUAAGUGCUGGAAUUCACUACAAUAUAAAUGCUGGAAUUCACUACACUAUUAGUGCUGGAAUUCACUACACUAUUAGUGCUGGAAUUCACUACACUAUUAGUGCUGUAAUUCACUACACUAUUAGUGCUGUAAUUCACUACACUAUUAGUGCUGCAAUUCACUACACUACAUGUCUCUUUACUUAAAACCCAACCCCACAAAAAUUAUAAUCUUGUUUGCUUAGAUUGAUAUUUUGAGGUAUGAAAAUAAUUAAUUUAUAAUAUAUUAUAUGUAUAUUUGACAAACUGUUUUUUUCUUUAGAGUGUUUCUUAUCGAAGGUGGUCUACAUUUUUAGUGUUCUUAAGUGACCAAAUACAGAUUCAGAGUUGUGUCCAUUUUAAGUAAGUUUAAAGUGCAUACAUUUAAAUUUAGAGACAAGUUUUGUUGAAUGUUUAGUAAUGGAUUGAAAUAAUAGACUGACAUAAAGUAAUGACUUAGGGGUGUUUUUUAGUCCCCUACUGGUUGUCCCCUACCGGUUUACCGGAGGGGACUUUAGGUUUACCCUCCGUCCGUCUGUCCGUCCGUCCAUCAGUCCGUCCGUCCACAAAACUGGAUCCCGCGAUAACGCAAAAAGUACUGAAAAUAUUUUAAUGAAACUUGAUAUAUGGAUAGAUGGCAGUAUGGAGAUUAUGCACGUCUUUUUCUUUUCUUCCUAUGUUGAAAAUUCUGGUUGCUAUGGCAACAAAUAGACUGAAAAUAUGGCAAAUUUUACACAUAACCUGGAUCCCGCGAUAACGCAAAAAGUACUGAAAAUAUUUUUAUGAAACUUGAUAUAUGGAUAGAUGGCAGUAUGGAGAUUAUGCACGUCUUUUUCUUUUCUUCCUAUGUUGAAAAUUCUGGUUGCUAUGGCAACAAAUAGACUGAAAAUAUGGCAAAUUUUACACAUAAUCUGGAUCCAGUGAUAACACAAAAAGUACUGAAAAAUAUUUUUAUGAAACUUGACAUAUGGGUAGAUGGCAGUAUGGAAAUUAUGCACAUCCUUUUUUAUCUUCCUAUGUUGAAAAUUCUGGUUGCUAUGGCAACAAAUAGACUGAAUUUCAAGAUUUCUGAUUCUAGUUUUUAAGUUUUUUCACUAUAAGUUCUUUAUUUCUUAAGGUAUUUUCUUCAAACUUUAAAUAUAAGUUGCUUGUCAUCAACCACAUCAUAUGUGACAAGGUUUACAACUCUAGCACAAAAUUUAUCAGAAUUACCUCCCUUGAACUUAAAAUUUUCAUGAAAAAAACAUUGUUUUUUUUAAUAACUUCUUUUUCUGAAUGUAUCUACUUCAUAUAAAUGUUUCUUAUUGUCACUCAACAUUUGUGAGUGUUCAAUACUCUAGCAAAACUAUUUCCAGAAUUAUGCCCCUUUUGAACUUAGACUUUUUUUUGAGAAAUUGGUAAUUUUUACUCCAACUUCUUCAAUCAUGAUAGGAUUUUAAAAAUGUUAUAUUUUGAUAACAGGGAUGUUUAAAAAAUAACUUCAGAGUGUCCUUCAGUAUGUCUGUCUGUACAUAAAAACUGUUUCCUGUGAUCACUUUUAAAGAACUUUUUCAACAAAUUUACUUAAAAUAGGAACCUAAGUGAAUGGCCAAUGGCCCUUCAUAAUGUUGCUUGGGCUCUUACCGGUAGGGGACUUAUGGAUUGCUUGCAAUACUAUGAUAAUUGCUUGUUUUUCCAUUAGAAUGGGUGUUGGAGACCUGAUGAUAAUCUUGAAAGAAUAAGUUGUUAUUUAAGGUUGUGUUAAUGAAAGGGCAAUUCUUUUAUUAGAUAUAGGAGUCUUUGUUAUUUAUGUUACCUAAAUUUCAGGUUAACUUUCUUAAAAAAUUGAUUUUUGUUUUUAUUUGAAUCUAAAAAUGUUGUGAAAAGAUUGGUUGUGUACAAUAAAUUUUGUUACAUAUUCAUUUUAUUUUAUUGAUUUUAGACUUUGUUAUAUUUUAGUAUAAGAUAUGAUAAGCUGCUUGUCAUUUUAUUGAGAAAAUGUUUAAUAUAUAAUUUGGUUAUAUAAUUUCAUUGUAUAAUACAUAAUUGCUUUCCUCUGAUUGUCAUGUAUUAUAGGUUUGAUGCAAGAUGAAUGUAUUUUACCUAUGUGAAAUACUAAAGUUACAGUCAUGUUGCAUGAAACCCUUUGGUAUUGUUUAGUUAAGUAUUAAUUUCUAAUGUGAUUGUACAUGUAUAUAAUUAUAUAGGACUGUAUAAAAUGUGCUAACAAAAGGGAUCUCCAUUUUUACAUAUAAAUGAGAAACAAAACAUAACAUGUAGAAAAAUUGUAUAUAUCCAGGGCUGGAAUCUAACAGUUGCAGAAGGCAAGAUAAAAAGGAAAAAUUCCAGUAGUUUCUCCUAUGUAAAGAAGAAAUAUCAAUAUACAUAAAUUGAUGUUUAUAUCAUAAAUAGUAAAAAAGACAAUGGUGAUGCAUAUUAGAUUUCAAAAACAAAUAUAUAAACUUUGUAUACAAGUUCAUUAACCAUAUAUUUAUGAUUUGUUGUGGAAAAAAGUGCCAGUUUAUUUUGUCUUUUGCGAGUCAAAAUCUGAACUUCAUUGCUGUAACACGGGUAUUUUUUUGUAAUGCACAUCUAGUUUAUUUUCCAACAAAUAAUGCACAAGGAGCACUAGAGGGUUCAUGUAUCAGUAAAGCUAGAAAAUCACCAUAUGACCAUUAUACAGUAUUGGUGUAACAUAAAACCCAUCUGAAAUAAAAUAAGUAAAAAUAAACAGUGUAUAAAACUUAUCAACUGAUGAAACAAUUUUUUGUUUUAAAUUGUAUAUGCACGUAAAGUUAAAUUCUAGCCCUGGUUCCCAAUAAUAUAGAAAUAGGUUUAUUACAUAUUAAUUCUUGAACUUGAUAUUAACUGUAAAAGCUAAAUUUGUUUAUUUCAUGCUUUCCAGUGUUUUAUUGUAAUAUAUCAGAUGAUUAUAUUCUGAUAAACCACUAGUGAAAUUUAUAAAAUAUAAUUUUCACUGUAGCCGGACUAUAUCUGAAUGCGGAUGAAAAGAAAAUCAAAACUGAAUGGAAUAACAGGCAAAAA